GGGUACCGAAUUGCUGCUCGUCGUCGGCGUUGUCAGGGACCUGCACAUCACACUCCCCAUUCUUCCUCAACUCUCGCAAGACUGAAGUCCAUGCGCUUUCCCUGUCUUGAACGAUGAGGAAGCCAUGAUCGGGCUUAUAUGCCUACCCCAAUCCCCUCGAUCCUGCGCAUUGCUCGCCCAAAAUACACCUUGGAACCUUUGGUCUGACUGCUGUACCUCAGAUCCCCCUCGUCCGCCUUCAAAAUGUCUGGUCGCGUCAAGGCGUACGAGCUUCAGUCCAAGUCCAAAAAUGAUCUGUCGAAGCAGCUGCUGGAGUUGAAGAACGAGCUCCUGACGCUCCGCGUGCAGAAGAUCGCUGGUGGCUCCGCGUCGAAGCUCACCAAGAUCAACACUGUCCGCAAGUCGAUCGCGCGGGUGAUGACGGUCAUGAACCACAAGGCGCGUCAGAACACGCGCGAGUUCUACAAGGGCAAGAAGUACCUCCCCCUCGACCUCCGGCCAAAGCGGACACGCGCCAUCCGCCGGCGCAUGACGAAGCACGAGUUGUCAUUGAAGACGCUGAAGCAGACGAAGCGCGAGCAGAACUUCCCCCGGCGGAAGUACGCGCUCAAGGCCGAGUAGAUGCACUAUCUGCGCUGAGCGUUUCUGCAUUGAGGGGAGCCCACUGGGAGGAUGGGAAGCUGUAUGCCGCGUUAGCGACCGACCACUAUGACUUUGUAUGCUAUGAUAUGCUAUACGUUCGCCGCCCGCCGCACCCACCCUGCGAUCGUCCUCAUCGUGCGUCUUGUCUGCUCUGCAUUGCAGUAUGCAGCUGGAAUGUAUCACCGGUAGGGUAGGAAUAUGUUGUAUCGCCGGCCUGAGCGUCGUCAGGCGUUGCGCAAUAGGGGAUGCAGAUGCAAUCUGACCAAAACUG